AUGCCCGCCCAAACCAAGCUCGCUCCUCUCAGGCGUGCCGCCCCCACCAGGUUCGAGUUCCUCGACGACGACAGCGACAGCAAGGACGUUGACCAACCUCUGUCUGCAUCUCAUGCGGUUACCGGCCUGGGCAUAAGUGCUGCAGUAUCUGGACACAAGACCGUCCCGGUGCAACCCCCGCCCAGAAACCCGCGACGUCUCACAGCCGUUCAGCAAAAGCAGACCUACCGACCCUGCCGACCCACCUCGUCAAUCUACUCGGAAAAUUCUCCGCCUCUUGCACCCCACGACCCCAAGCAACCUAGCACGCUGGCGUCCCAUCACUUUCAACGCUAUCGAGGGGGCGAGGAGAUUUCGCCCCCCAGCUCGCCAGAGCCGAGCUAUACCCAGCCCCACCAUCGGCCUCCCAUCCUUCCACCGGGCGAUGUCUCCCCGAUCGAGGAAGAAUAUGAGGAGACGGCGCAAGGAGCUUCCGAACCUCAGCCCUAUGGGAGGACCCAACAUCCACACUACCAGGGUCCGGGUUCCCACUCACCUCCAUCGAAGCACAAUGCUGCGGCCAGCAUCAACGUGAUGCGCCGUGGCCAGCGCAGACUUUCGGACGCGGCCCUUCGCAAUACUCAUGUGAAUCGUGCACCCCCAUCCCGACAACCCCGGGCCCCUGGACCGGGUUUACCUUUGUUUGAUCCGGUAACCGGCGAACAUCUCGACAGCGCGCAUGGCCGUCCGCUGAACAGGCCUCCGCCCGGUGCUCCCUAUGGCCCAGAUCCAAGAUUCGCUCGCCAGCUGCCGCCGCCGCCGCCGCCGUUUGCAGGGCCACAGCCGAAAAUGGCUUCUGCCAGGGAUAGAAUGAUGAGGAUGGUGAGCGCGAGCCCACGAGAAAGCGGGCCAGACCCGGCAGCAGGAGCUUUCGCGGCCAAUCGUCCUGGUUGGCGUGGACCAAGCGGUCGAACAGCCAUCGUUGAUCCCGUCCGUGGUAAUCCUAAGGUCCCCCCACUGAGGAUACCCGAUCGCGAUGGUAGACGGGUUGUGUCGCAAGAUGCUGGACAUAGCCAAAGACCCGAGUUGUCUCUGGGUAUUCCUAGACGGAAUCAAAUGUCCCCGCCAGCUCGUGCUGGUGCACCGAUGGGGUUUGCGCCACGGGACCCCGGCCAGAGAGUCAUAUCCUCGUCUCAGGUGCACCCGCAGUCUGCGACGACACCGCGACCGGUGAGAAGUCCAAUUUAUCCGAGUCCACCGUAUUCUGCGAUUACCUUACGAGGAGAUGCACCGUUCGUAGCAGCCCAGCAGCUCAAACGUGACGGUAUGGGUCCUCCCCCUCCGAUGGCCUUCACCCCUGUUUCACCAACAAACACUUCUCCUGUGAACUCCAGCCCACAAUCGAAUUCGGUUCAGAGGAAGCCUACCUCAUCUUACGCCAACCAUCAAUCCCAGGACUCUUUCUCUUCAGUUUACUCCCAGCAGCAAUCUGGGGUGCCGAUACCGAAGCAACAGCCUCCUACCACCCAACCCGUGGCUGCCAGCCCGCUUCCAGACGAUGAACCUUGUACACAACCCCCUUCGCGUUUCAGCGUGACAACGUAUGCGACCAGCAUAUCCACCAUAACCCACGCCCCACGCGAGUCCCUGGAUGAUUUCCAUGACAAUAGCGAUUAUCAGCCCUCAGUAUCCAGCAUUUCGCAGCGGCGUCGUUCAGAGAGCCCCAAGGACGAAGAGCCGGUACAAUCCAUCAUGAACAGAAGCAGACCCAAACUCGAAGGCUUCGACUACAAGAAAAACCAAGUCCCCAUCGUCGUCUCCCUCAAAGACCAAAUCGUCUCCCCCUACGAGAGUGUCAUCGACCGCGAAUCUCCCGCUGCCCGCGACCGUCGAGUCGGUAUCGCAAAUGGACCCAAACCUAGUCCCAGGCGCGUCUCCGCCACCCCCUCCGACAUUAACAAAUCCCUCCCUCCGGCUCCUCCUGAACUCGAAGCUUUGUCCCUCCAUGACGGCAAGCCUUCCAGUCCUAAAGACCUCACCGCCUCCGAGCGUGUAGCACUCUACGACGCUCAAAUUCAAGCCCUUGGCAACCGUCGCAUCAACAUCACCCGCUCCAUCAAGCAGAUGACGGAGCUAAUGCCGACGGACAACAUUCUGAACAGCGAGGCAGUCCGCCGCAAGCGCGAAAUAGAAAAACAAAAAGUCGAAGGCCUAAAAACAGAGCUGGCGGAGGUGCAGAGGCAGAUGUACGAGCUGGGACUGAAGUUGCAUCGGGCGUAUAAGAGGCAAGAGAAGGAGGCGACUUUUGAGCCUACUACGCUUUGGGUGAGGAGGGUUACUGGGUGA